AUGUUUUUAGUGAGGCGAGCUGGUGUUGUUAGAAAUCAACCUUACGUUGGCGGUGUGAAAGCUGUUCAUGUUCGAGGGCAACAGCAAAAUUCCGAGUGCUUGCCUGCAUGGCCGCCUUGCCCACCGCCGGUAGACCUACCAGGAUUGACAGGUUGCCCACCGCCCACACUCUAUCCUCCCUUCUAUUGCUGCCCAAGAACCAAAUACGACGUCAAAUUCGUAUACGUCAACGAUAUUCCUCCAAGUACCGGAUUUAGAGACUUCGUCGACCGGAUAGCACAAACACUAUUCUGGACGGAGCUAUUUCGAGGUUUCGCUGUGACGUUGUCUCAUGUAUUUCGUGAGCCAGCUACAAUAAACUAUCCUUUUGAGAAAGGUCCGCUGUCUCCUCGGUUCAGGGGAGAGCACGCUUUGCGAAGGUAUCCGUCGGGUGAGGAGCGUUGUAUUGCCUGCAAGUUAUGUGAGGCUAUGUGCCCGGCACAGGCGAUCACUAUCGAGUCUGAGCAGCGUGCGGACGGCUCCCGGCGCGCCGUGCGAUACGACAUUGACCUCUGUAAGUGCAUCUUCUGCGGCUACUGCCAGGAAGCAUGUCCCGUUGACGCCAUAGUCGAAGGUCCCAACUUUGAAUAUAGCACCAGCACGCGCGAAGAGCUGUUUUAUAAUAAAGAAAAGUUACUGACAAACGGCGACCGCUGGGAGCCAGAGAUAGCGAGCAAUAUCAGGGAUAACCAUUUAUAUCGUUAG